GGCACAAUGGGCUGGUGGCAGCUGCCUACUUGCAGCGGGCAGGGCUGCGCACAGCCGUGCUGGAGAAACGCCAUGUGCUGGGCGGUGCGGCUGUCACAGAGGAGAUCGUGCCAGGCUUCAAGUUCUCCCGGGCAUCGUACCUGCUCAGCCUGCUGCGGCCACAGAUCUACACUGAGCUGGAGCUGCAGCAGCAUGGUCUGAGGGUGCUCCCACGGGACCCCUACUCCUUCACCCCACUGCUGGAGGACAGGAAUCCCCCUCGCUCCCUCCUGCUGGGAAACAACAUGGCCCAGACCCAGCAGCAGAUUGCUCAGUUCUCCCAGAAGGAUGCCCAGGCUUAUCCUGAGUAUGAGGCGUUUAUGGGGGGUUUGGUGUCAGCCCUUGACCUGCUGCUGGAUGCUGCCCCAGUGGAUACAGCUGCUCUGGGGCAGGGCCCCUUGCUCCAGCGGCUCAGGGCCCUGCGAUCCCUGUGGCCCCUGCUGCAGGCAGGGCUGGCGCUGGGGCGGCAGCUGCCCCGCUACUAUGAGGUGCUCACAGCCCCCAUCUCCAAGAUCCUGGAUCAGUGGUUUGAGUCAGAGCCCCUGAAGGCAACUCUGGCUACUGAUGCGGUGAUUGGAGCCAUGGCCAGCCCCCACACGCCUGGCAGUGGGUGAGUGCUGUUGCACCAUGUGAUGGGCGAGCUGGAGGGACGGCGGGGGGCCUGGGGCUACGUGUCUGGUGGGAUGGGAGCCCUGUCCCAAGCCAUUGCCCAUGCAGCAGCUGCCAGGGGAGCCCACAUCUUUGCUGAGAAGGCUGUGUCCCGUGUGCUGCUGGGCAGGGGUGGGCAGGCGCAGGGUGUUGUGCUGCAGGAUGGGACGGAGGUGAGGAGCAAACUGGUGCUGUCCAACGCCUCCCCCCAAAUCACCUUCCUGGAGCUCAUCCCCCAGUGCUCUAUCCAUCUCAACUGCGAGGGCACCCACCUCCUGCACCAGGCCUUCACUGAGGCCACCAACGGAUACCCUUCCAGCAGGCCCAUGAUAGAACUCUGCAUCCCCUCGGUGCUGGAUCCAGGGCUGGCCCCACAGGGCUGCCAUGUUGUGUCCCUCUUCACCCAGUACACCCCCUCUGUGCUGGCAGGCGGGCAGCCCUGGGAUGAGCAGGCCAGAAAUGCAUAUGCGGACACAGUGUUUGACUGCAUUGAAGCCUAUGCCCCAGGAUUCAAGGCAUCCAUCAUCGGCAGGGACAUCUUGACACCACCAGAUCUGGAGAGCAUCUUUGGGCUGCCUGGUGGGAACAUCUUCCAUGGAGGGAUGUCUCUGGACCAGCUGUACUUUGCCCGGCCAGCACCAUCCUACUCAGGCUACCGGUCUCCAGUUCCUGGCUUGUAUCUGUGUGGAAGUGGAGCCCACCCUGGAGGAGGAGUGAUGGGAGCUGCAGGACGCAAUGCUGCCCAUGUGGCCCUAAAGGACUUUAGGCACCUGUGA